CCCAGCAGAGCCGUUGCUUGAAGGAAGGUAAUAAACGAAACUUAACUUUCCGGCCCGGCAGUUUACCUGGCUGUCUGCAUUGUGUCCGAUAUCAAGCGGGACACAAAACAUAGUAUCUGUAAGAAGACUGUCAACUUUAUAGCCUACAUCAUUAUGGCACAUUAUAGAGCUCCAGACCCGAAAAGGGAACAGUUUCGGAGAUACUUGGAGAAAGCUGGUGUUGUUGACAGUCUCACCAGUGUUCUAGUGGCUUUGUAUGAACAACCAGAAAAGCCCAACAAUGCUCUGGAAUUUGUCAAGGAGCAUCUCGGUGCUGCUGACCUGACUUCAGCGGACACUGAGGCUCUGCAGCAGGAGGUGAUUGACUUGAGGCAGAGGUGUGCAUGUCUGGCAGAUGAAAACAAAGACCUCAAAACAAGGCUGCAGCGUUAUGAACCUCUAUCAGAAGAUGGAGCCACAGCUGACUAGACCUCUGCAGAGCUCUGGUUUAAAAAAUGUAUUUUUUGUUUAUUUUGCUGUCACUUUGAAUUAAAAGUCAAGACGACACUGUUAAGUGAAAGCCAAGAAUUUGUAUGUAGCUGUGCUUUUGUUGUUUUUUUUGUAAAUCCUAGUUUCUACUUUGUUUCUAACUUAUUCUGUACAUGUAUGUAUAUGUUUUUUUUUUUUGUUCUUUCAGUCUUUAGUAUAGCUAUACAAUAGAAAGUAGCCUCCCUCCCAUAUGACUGGACAAGUCAGUUCUUAAGACAUGGGACUUUUUUUGAGGGGUGUAUGUUAGAAAAUAACAAAUUGUCUGAUUAUACUGCCGAUAAUUGUAUUUUUCUGGCAUUGUUAUAAACAGUACAUGACAAUGUGUGACAAAGACACUUAUCCUUUAUUUCCAAAGGGGUGUUGUGAGUAAACAGUUGUAAAAAGCUUUAAAAAUAAAGUAAGUCGCUGGUAAACUAAAGCAGUCUUGUAAUAAAGGUAUUGUAUCACUGAUUGAA